UUAGUAGGUAUAUGUCAGUUGAAGACAUUCCUAAUUUAGUACCCAUACACCAAUACUAAGCGUAAGAUGUCGGCACUUAUCGGUAGUUUAAUAAUUGGUGCUUUGUUUAAUUAUUUUCUACACAGAUUGUUUGAAGCCAGUUUUCCUGGUAAGGCAGUUUUAGGUGCAGAUAGAAGCGCACGUAUUCUCUAUGGUGAUCCACUAAAUAUCACAAACUAUCCAUAUUUCGUGCAUCUGCGUGGCUGUGGAGGUGCUAUUAUAUCCCAGCAGUGGGUAAUUACAGCUGCCCAUUGCGUUGAUAAAAUUCCAAGUAUUCAUAGAUAUCCGCAACCAAUCUGGGUAGGGGGAGAGGCAGAACAAAAUAGUAAAAAAUAUACAUACAAUCGAAUCAUCAUACAUCCCAAUUACAAGAAGGAUAAUACAUUUGAUAUAGCUUUAUUGCGUAUGACCCGAAAGAUCAAAUUUUCAAGAAAAGUUAAAGCUAUAGAACUUUCAAAACAAAAGUUUGAAGAAGGAGAUGUAGUACUGAUGGGCAAAGGACGGGAUGAGAAUAACAAACCAUCAGACAUUGUCAAAAGAGUUUCAUUGCACGGCUAUAAAUGCAAUAUUAUGAUAAAAAACGAUGUUAAUUUUUGUGCCAGAAGAAAAGACAAUAGACCUGCAGCUUGUUCUGGCGACUCCGGCAGUCCUCUAGUUCGGAACAACACGCUGGUCGGUGUAGCGAAUGCCAUUGACCAUAGGAAAUGUGAAGAGAGCCGAGUCACAACCUGCAUCAACGUAGCUGGCUUCGUGCCUUGGAUCAAACACAUUACUGGCCUGUGAAGUCUUUUGAAUACACUCCAAGUAAACAGCAUCAUAUGCUUACAUAACGCUUGCGUUUCUAACUAUAUGUCUCGUAAUACAUUUACCGAAAAAAUCGCAAUGUCUUUUUUUUACUUGACUUAUUGUAGAUUUGCCGCAGAUGGCAUUAACUACUUAGCCUAACAAGUGGGGAGCGCUGAAGGCUCUCAUACGGUACAACGUUUAAGACAACAGGCCUGAGGGUGCCCCGUUGGGCGCGAACCUCGGCUCAGGGCGUCGUCUGAGAGCAAAAAUAUUUGAAAGAAUUAAUCGACCCUAGUGGGUCGGUAGAUUCGAAAUGUCGAUUACAGAAUAUGAUAAAGAAAGAGAUUUUAAUCGAUAUAAUUGAUUAUUACUUGAAGUUGUAUAAUUUAACAAAAUAAAUCAAUAUUUUCAUCUA